UCCAUGACUGAUGGGAGGAUGAAAGGAUAUUUGGACCAACAAGUGCCUUACACUUCUGCACAGAAACCAGCAGGGAAUGGAACUAUGGACAGCAGAGCUGUGAUGACUUCACGGAGGAAAUCCAUGGACCCAGGUGUGUCCCAUGUCCCAGAUUCAGAAGAUCUCUUCCUUGAUCUAAACCAGUUCCAGGAAACUUGGCUGACUGAAGCACAGGUUCCAGACAGUGACGAGCAAUUUGUGCCUGACUUCCAUUCAGAGAACUUGGCCCUUCACAGUCCUCCAGCUAAGAUAAAAAAGGAACCACAAAGCCCAUGUGUGGAUGCUUCCAGUUCCUGCAGACUCACACAGUCUUUUCAUUACCAACCCAGGGAGCAAUGCUUAUAUGCCAGGCAAGAUUCAAACAAUGUGAGCCAUCACGGCCCACUCCAGACAGCGCCUGGCCAAGCAUACUGUAUGGAACACAGUUCCUUGUACCAGCUGCAUGCUGAGGCCAGCCAGUCCUUCUCUGCCUCUCAAGCCUUGGUAUCAGACAGCCCUUCCAUUUAUCAACGUCCAUGGUCUGCCCCAUGCCUGCCGUAUCCCCGUCAGGGCUUCAAGCACGAAUUCUACGACCCCAUGUAUGAGCAAGCGAACACACUGGGAGACGUAGAUGGUUCCCAGUAUGCAACUGGUGUGGUGAUAAAACAGGAGCGGAUGGACUAUGCUUUUGACACAGAUGUGGCAAGCUGCCAUUCAAUGUAUAUGAAUGCAGAAGGAUUACCAAGUUGUUCCAAUUCUGAAGGCAUAUUAGGCUAUGGUUAUGAGAGGCAAAUGCAACCAUUUGCAGAAGAUGUUUGUGUUGUUCCUGAGAGGUUCGAAGGGGAUAUUAGGCAAGAAGGAAGUGGAUACCGUGAGGGCCCACCUUAUCAACGGCGUGGGUCUCUGCAGCUUUGGCAGUUCUUGGUGGCUUUGCUGGAUGAUCCAAGCAAUUCCCAUUGUAUUGCCUGGACAGGUCGAGGGAUGGAAUUCAAACUCAUUGAACCAGAAGAGGUGGCACGACUUUGGGGCAUUCAGAAGAAUCGCCCAGCUAUGAAUUAUGACAAGUUGAGUCGCUCCCUUCGUUACUAUUAUGAAAAGGGCAUUAUGCAAAAGGUGGCUGGUGAGCGUUACGUGUACAAAUUUGUCUGUGAGCCUGAGGUGCUGUUCUCCCUUGCUUUUCCUGACAACCAACGUCCAACUCUGAAGGCUGAAUUGGAGUGGCACGUCACCGAGGAAGACACAGUGCCUUUGUCCCACUUGGAUGAAAAUGCUGCCUACCCACCAGAUCUGGGAGGUGCUCAGCCUUACGGGAAAAGCUGCACAUACUAGCCAACAGUAGAAUGGACAAUUACAUCUGGGAGAGUUGUAUGUGUGUGUCUGUAUAUAUU